UCCCCGCCGUCCGGAGGCAAAUGCGGUAGUGAUACUUCAGUGGUACUGACGUACUGAAAUAAAGGAGGAGAAAAUAAGAUUGACCCUGCUGAGUGAUCGGACAUCUCCUAAGCAAAAACAAAACAUUUGAUCCCCUAUUUUUUAUCACAGAAUAUGGACUAUGAGACAGAUCAUACAUAGAAGGGUGAGUUGAUCUUAUUUUGCCAUAAAACGAAGCGGUAAUGAUUACGAUGUGGCUGCAGGUUUUUUGCGCCUCCCGUCUCUGUCUCAAAAUGGCGAAGAGGCCGUUACAACAACAAGGUUGGGAAAUUGAUUCUUAUAACUAAAUAAUGACAUUAUCUUGCCCUGAUACAUGUAUCUUAUGUUGCCUCACAGCAUUUUUUGUCCAUGGCAUUUGCAAAUUUGGUAACUUGGCUAGUUAGCUCUCACAUCGAGUGUGUUUACAUGGAACGUUAGUUAGCUGGAUUUUAAACAUUGCUAGCUAGCGUUAGUAUAGCAAUUAACCACGGUUCAGUUGGUUCAAAUUAAAAGUCGGAAGGUGGAAUUAUUUAUUAAAAUCACAGAACUAUAACGUUAACUAGCUAAAUUCUGUUGAGACGACAAUGUCAUGUUUGGCGAGAGGACUUUGGCAAGAAAAUGCUAACGAACCGCUUCAAUUUCGGUCUGAGCUAACCAGCUGCAUUACGUUAGCCAACCCGUUAGGUAGGUAGCUAGCUGGUAAGCUGGAAGGGCGUGUUAAUUGGUAAUUGCUGCAACCUUGUCCCAGGUUGCUAACUAGAUAGCUAACGUUACCCGUAUAGCUAGCUAUUCAAGUUCAAAUUCCUUCAAUGCUAAUAAGCUGCAUAUUUUAGUUUCACCUUUGCAGUAAUGCAAAUGUUUAAUCUUGCUAAGGAGUUGUCUACUUGUGUAACGUUAACCAGUAACGUUAGCUACCUAGCUAGCCUUUUGGAAAGUCAGCAGACUGCUAAUGUCAAGUAAGGUUAGCUAACUAUCUAACUGCGGUAGCUAGCAAACUCAUUUGCUGUUUACGUUAACUAACUAAAUUAGUAACAUCAAAUACUUUCUGGGUUUGAUUCCUUGAGCAUAUCUUCAAGUCGAUCGAGGCUUAAAUGGUCUGACUGUCCUAAAUAAAACACUCCUUUCAUGUGGAGUUCUCCCAUUGAGGCCUUGCUUUGGCUGUCGUUCAUCAUAAAUAACGUUACACAGAACGUGGUCCUCUGGUAGGCUGGUGGGGGGGAUACCUAGGAAGACAGAGGUCCAACUCCGCAGAAAAUCUGUCUUCCUCCAGCAGGUGGGAUUUUUGUCGGUGUUUCGCCCACCAAGGAAGGAGUUUUUGUAUGGCGCUCAAUGAGUGUCGAAUUUGGGCCCCCAAAAAAUUAAUGGCUUAUUUUGUCGUAACGCAUAAGUUGUUAGGAGUGUACUAAUAUAAGUAGGACACGUGACAUAGGGUCAACUUUGAGACAAAAUACUUUAUAUUGAUGGGAUGAGGCUAUUAGGAUCCCCAUUAGCCGACGUCAAUUGCGACAGCUAGUCUUACUGAGGUUCCGAAAAAGAGAUUACAGACAAGACUACCAUUUACAUACAUACAUUUAAAAACAUUAACAUGUAGUGUGUAUGCAUCUAUCAGUUACACAUACAUGUCAGUACAUAAUUAUAAUAAUAAUAAUAAUAUGCCAUUUAGCAGACGCUUUUAUCCAAAGAGACUUACAGUCAUGUGUGCAUACAUUUUUACGUAUGGGUGGUCCCGGGGAUCGAACCCACUACCCUGGCUUUACAAGCACCAUGCUCUACCAAUUGAGCUACAGAGGACCACGAUGCAUACAUACACACAACAAGUAGGUCACAUGGGGGAGAGGCGUUGUGCCAUAAGGUGUGUGUUUAUUUGUUUUUUAAAACCCGGUUUGCUGUUCACUUGCGCUAUAUAAGAUGGAAGGGAGUUCCAUGCACUCAUGGCUCUGUAUAAUACUGUACGUUUCCUUGAGUUUGUUCUGGACCUGGGGACUGUGAAAAGACUGGUGGGGUGUGUGUGUGUGUGUGUGUAAAUUGACUAUGCAAACAAUUAGGAAUUUCCAACACAUUAAUGUUUCUUAUAAAAACAAGAAGUGAUGCAGCAAAGAGAAACUGGCAUGCAUAGUAUUGAUAUUAGCCCUCUGAUUACAAUGAAGAGCAAGACGUGCAGCUCUGUUCUGGGCCAGCUGCAGCUGAACUAGGUCUUUCUUUGCAGCACUUGACCAUAUGACUAGACAAUAAUCAAGAUAAGAUACAACUAGAGCCUGCAGGACUUGCUUUGUGGAGUAUGGUGUCAAAAAAGCAGAGCAUCUCUUUAUUACGGACAGACCUCUCCCAAUCUUUACAGCCAUUGAAUCUAUAUGUUUUGACCAUGACAGUUUACAAUCUAAGUUAACACCAAGUCAUUUAGUCUCCUCAACUUGUUCAACAGCCACACCAUUCAUUACCAGAUUCAGCUGAGGUCUAGAACUUAAGGAAUUAUUUCUACCAAAUACAGUGUUCUUAGUUUUAGAGAUGUUCAGGACCAGUUUAUUUGUGGCCACCCAUUCCAAAACAGACUGCAGCUCUUUGUUAAGGGUUUCAGUGACUUCAUUAGCUGUGGUUGCUGAUGCGUAUAUGGUUGAAUCAUCAGCAUACAUGGACACACAUGCUUUGUUUAAUGCCAGUGGCAGGUAAUUGGUAAAAAUAGAAAAUAGUAUAGAGGUCCUAGAGAGCUGCCCUUCAGUACACCACACUUGACAUGUUUGACAUUAGAGAAGCUUCCAUUAAAUAACUUUCUGAGUUCUAUUAGAUAGUUCUGGAUCUGGGAAAUUCCAUAGUAAGGUCAACCUGAGCAUAAAAAAAUAUUAAACUACUUUCAUAUUUACAUUGAAUGUGUGUGUUUUGAAGUACAGACAACAGUUGGCCUUUAUAUUUUCCAAAUGUAGUGUUAUUAUUACUACAAGGUAGGAUACAAAGUUUCAAAAUAAGGCUUUUCAGAGAACCAGAUUCCAUAGCUUUUGGCAAUGGCUCACAGAACUUGUUUUGGUACUCACAUCUAUCCCCCUGUGUUUCUGACCAAGUCGGAAGGUUAAUGAAACAAUAUCAAACUCAAUUUAGUCCAUUGAGUGCUAGUAUAUAAUUUUAUAAUCUAGUAAAGAUAGAAUGCUGAUUUGGACAGGCAGUGGCACAUCCGUAACGUUUUUGAAGAAAGGUUAUUGUAGAUGCGUUUAGAGUAUGAUUGUAUUCAAACUUUCUAUGCAAAGCUAACUUUUAUCAAGGGCUUAGGUGAUGUGUGAUUGGUUUAUUUUCUCUCUUUGUCACUACACGUUCUAAGCAUAACGGAUGUGACUGUUACGGAAGCUUCAUAAAAUGAUAAUGGACUCACUAGUCAGCAUCACUGCAUAACGCGAUCAUGAUAAAAUGUUCAUGCACUUACUGCUUCCGAAGUGUAUUUAUGUUAGCAAGCUAGCUGGCUAUCUUAAUCUAUCGAUCUGUGUAAGUGAUCCAUUUUGGGUGUACUCACGUUCUCAUAUGAACUGCAAUGAUGCGUUGUUCUGCUAACCGGAGCAUUGCAUGUGAUCACAUGGCAUAAUAAAGGUCUUAAAUUCAUAACAUAAUUAAGGUCUUAAAAAUCCAUAAGAAACUUUCACCAGUCAUGCUGAGUUUGUUUACUUCCUGAGUAAGUACGGGUACAACCAGUGACAAUAUUGGUCUGUGACUGUGUGGUCUGCCCUGUGGCGUGAGAGGCACUCGCACACUUGAGAACUGCAGCUGUCAAGCCUGAGGUGAUUUACGAUCUGACAAGAAAUGGACUAAAGUGCAAACCCUGUGCCAUUGGUAGGUUAUAAAAUGUCUUUUUUUACCCUUUCACAUAAUGAAAAUGAAGAAUGGUUUUAACCCUUCAUAGGAAAUACAUCAACAUAAUGACAUAUGGCGGCAGGUAGCUUAGUGGGUAAGAGCGUUGUGCCAGUAACCGAAAGGUCGCUGGUUCUAAUCCCCGAGCCGAUUAGGUGAAAAAUCUGUCGGUGCCCUUGAGCAAGGCACUUAACCCUAAUUGCUCCUGUAAGUCGCUCUGGAUAAGAGCGUCUGCUAAAUGACUAAUUAUUAUUAUUAUUAUUAUAUAGUAGAGAAGAGUGAGGAAUUACAUUUACAUUUUCGUCAUUUAGCAGACGCUCUUAUCCAGAGCGACUUACAAAUUGGAAAAUGAGUGCAGCUAGCUCAAAUAAACGUAUCAAUCGUCAAGGGUUAGGAGUAUAUCAGUGGAGACUGAGGGGAGGACGGCUCAUUAUAAUGGCUGGAACGGAGUAAAUGGAAUGGUUUCAAACACAUGGAAAAUCAUGUGUUCGAUGUAUUUGAUACCAUUCCGCUCCUGUGGAGUGUAUUUGGAAAGUAUUCAGACCCCUUCCCUUUUUCCACAUUUUGUUACGUUACAGCCAUAUUCUAAAAUGGAUUUAUAUAUAUAUAUAUAUAUAUAUAUAUAUAUAUAUAUAUAUAUCCACAUCAAUCUACACACAAUACCCCAUAAUGACAAAGUUAAAACAUUUUACAUAAUUAUUCACACCCUUUAUGAGACUCGAAAUUGAGCUCAGUUGCAUCCUGUUUCCAUUGAUCAUCCUUGACAUGUUUGUACAACUUGAUUGGAGUCCUCCUGUGGUAAAUUCAAUUGAUUGGGCAUGAUUUGGAAAGGCACACACCUGUCUAUAUGGUCCCACAGUUGACGGUGCAUGUCAGAGCAAAAACCAAGCCAUGAGGUCGAAGGAAUUGUCCGUAGAGCUCCGAGACAGGAUUGUGUUGAGGAACAGAUCUGGGGAAGGGUACCAAAACAUUUCUGCAACAUUGAAGGUCCCCAAGAACACUGUGGCCUCCAUCAUUCUAAAAUGGAAUACGUUUGGAACCACCGACUCUUCCUAGAACUGUCCGCCCUGCCAAACUGAGCAAUCGGGGGAGAAGGGCCUUGGUCAGGAAGGUGACCAAGAACCUAAUGUUCAUUCUGACAGAGCUUCAGAGUUCCUCUGUGGAGAUUGGAGAACCUUCCAGAAGGACAACCAUCUCUGCAGCACUCCACCAAUCAGGCCUUUAUGGUAGAGUGGCCAGACGGAAGCCACUCCUAAGUAAAAGGCACAUGACAGCCCGCUUGGAGUUUGCCUAAAGGCACCUAAAGGACUCUCAGACCAUGAGAAACAAGAUUCUCUGGUCUGAUGAAACCAAGAUUGAACUCUUUGGCCUGAAUAGCAAGUGUCACGUCUGGAGGAAACCUGGCACCAUCCCUACGGUGAAGCAUGGUGCAGUAGCAGGGACUGGGAGACUAGUCAGGAUUGAGGGGGAGAGGAACAGAGCAAUGUACAGAGAGAUCCUUGAUGAAAACCUGUUCCAAAGCGCUCAGGACCUCAGACUGGGGUGAAGGUUCACCUUCGAACAGGACAACAACCCCAAGCACACAGCCAAGACAACACAGGAGUGGCUUCGGGACAAGUCUUUGAAUGUCCUUGAGUGGCCCAGCCAGAGCUCCUCACUACUGAUGGGGGAGAAAAUAGUUACAUAUCACAAUAUUCUUAUUUUUGAAUGCUAUUAUAUCUAUAUUUGACUCCAAAAAAAAUGUGUUUGCUAGGUAGUGUUAGCGAGCACUAGUUGGCUGUACCUGCGCCAAAAUUCUGGUAUCUUUCAUCCUAUAGCUUGUUCUCCAUCUUUUUAAAUAGUGAGCCAGCAUUUCAACACUUUUAGUUCCAUGACUGAUCAAAACGCAUGCUCUCUCUUGUCUGUCUGCAGCAGACAUAUAGUGAGCAAUAUCAGAAUCACCGUUAUUCACCAAAUACAUUUAUUUACACAUACCCAGAAUUUGCCUUCGUGAGAAGGUCCUGCCAGCAAUAAACAAACAGAAUACAGACACAAGUUCACAGACAUACAGAAUAUACAAUAUCGGAACAGUAAACAUAAAACAAAACUCUGGAGCAUCAAAUGGUUUGGAACAUCAAAUCGCAAUAAAAUUGCAGUAUGAAAUCGCAAUACAUAUAGAGUCAUGAGAAUCGCAAUACGUAUCGUAUCGGCACCUACUGUAAGUAUCGUGAUAAUGUCGUAUCGUGAGGUCUCUGGCAAUUCCCAGCCCUACUCCUCAGUCCUGCACUGUCAGCUGUCUGGACGACUACUGCUCUCUGGCGCACACACAUACGUACGGAUCCACACACACACACAGAUCCCACGCAUGCAAACAGUUUUACAAAAAGGAUGGCCCCCCUCAUAAACGCUUGUAAGCAUGUGUGCACGCACACACAGACACACACACAGACACACACACUCAGACAGACUCUUGGUGGUCUAGCCACUAAGCAGCUUAUAGCCACUGUCACCCUAGGUGCCAGCAGUCUUAUGGCUCAGGAUGGACAUGCUUUGCUGCAGAACCACAAAUGGCUGUGUUGGAUUUGUUUCUGUUUAUUAGUAGAUUAGGCUACCCUAUCAAUAUAUGCCAUGCUAUUAGCCUAAACCUGUUCCACACCUGUCAGUCAGAGGCCAGAAUGAGAGGAGCAGAUAUCAUUGUUUGUGUACCGUGUUGAUUUCUAGUCUAAUCAUUUUUCUGUCAAUAACUGUAUACUAAUUGAAUCUUUCCUCCUCGCUCUCCCUCCACCUCUUUGUUGUUUUGCUCUCUCCCCUCAUUCUCUCUCCCUCUGUCUCUCUCGCCCUUGUAUCCGGCCCUCUGUGUGGAGCACCGGUUGUAGUCUGAGGACUGAGCAACUGACCGAGGGACCUGAGGAUCCCCCUACACCAUCACCCCCAGUCUCACUCGUCUCCCCCAGAGGGCGAGAGCAGCCACUACAGCCAUCAUGGUGCUGUCACAGAGACAACGAGAUGAACUGUGAGUACACACACACACGACACUUGUAGUUUAGGCCUGCGUUUGUUUUCAUAAAAAGAGAUUGACAGGAAAUCUCUAUGGGCUCAGUGAGGCCCUACUCUACUGUUUACAAUGCAGGGGGAAUGUUCGGUGUGUGUAAUCUGUUCGUGCAGUCAUGGAAAUCCAGGAAAAGUCAUGGAAAAUGACUUGUUUUCCAGGUUUGGAAAAGUUUUAGACAAUUAUAAAAAGUAUUUGAAAAGGCAUGAAAAUUAAUUUAAUAAUUUCUGUUAAUGAACAAAAAUAUAAACGCAACAUGCAACAAUUUCAACAAUUUUACUGAGUUACAGUGCAUAUACGGAAAUCAAUCAAUUUAAAUAAAUUCACUAGGACCUAAUCUAUGGAUUUCACAUGAUUGGGCAGGAGCGCAGCCAUAGGUGGGCUUGGAGCCAGGCCCAGCCACUGGGGAGCCAGGCCCAGCCACUGGGGAGCCAGGCCCAGCCAUUGGGGAGCCAGGCACAGCCACUGGGGAGCCAGGCACAGCCACUGGGGAGCCAGGCACAGCCAAUCAGAAUAUGAUUUUCCCCACAAAAGGGCUUUGUUACAGACAGAAAUAGUCCUCAGUUUCAUCAGCUGUCUGGGUGGCUGGUCUUAGACAAUCCCGCAGGUGAAGAAGCCGGAUAUGGAGGUCCUGGGCUGGCAUGGUUACACGUGGUCUGCGGUUGUGAGGCCGGUUGGACGUACUGCCAAAUUUUGUAAAACGACAUUGGAGGCGGCUUAUGGUAGAGAAAUGAACAUUCAAUUCUCUGGCAACAGCACUGGUGGACAUUCCUGCAGUCACAUGCUAAUUGCACGCUCCCUCAACUUCUGUGCCAUUGUGUUGUGUGACAAAACUGCACAUUUUAGUGGCCUUUUAUUGUCCCCAGCACAAGGUGCACCUGUGUAAUGAUCAUUACAUUUACAUUGACACCAUUUAGCAUACGCUCUUAUCCAGAGCGACUUACAAAUUGGUGGGAUAACCACUUUUUAAAAAUUAUUUUUUUAUGGGGGGUGGGGGAAGAAGGAUUACUUUUAUACUAUUCCAGGUAUUCCUUAAAGAGGUAGGGUUUCAAGUGUCUCCGGAAGGUGGUCAGUGGAAGGUGGUCAGUGACUCCGCUGUCCUCUCGUCGUGAGGGAGCUUGUUCCACCAUUGGGGUGCCAGAGCAGCGAAUAGCUUUGACCCUCGUUUGGGUGUAGGGUCUGAUCAGAGCCUGAAGGUAAGGAGGUGCCGUUCCCCUCACAGCUCCGUAGGCAAGCACCAUGGUCUUGUAGUAGAUGCGAGCCUCAACUGGAAGCCAGUGGAGUGUGCGGAGGAGCGGGGUGACAUGAGAGAACUUGGGAAGGUUGAACACCAGACGGGCUGUAGCGUUCUGGAUAAGUUGAAGGGGUUUAAUGGCACAGGCAGGGAGCCCAGCCAACAGCGGUAAUCCAGACGGGAGAUGACAAGUGCCUGGAUUAGGACCUGUGCUGCUUUCUGUGUAAGGUAGGAUCGUACUCUGCGAAUGUUGUAGAGCAUGAACCUGCGGGAUCGGGUCACCGCUUUGAUGUUAGCGGAGAACGACAGGGUAUUGUCCAGGGUCACGCCCAAGGUUCUUUGCACUCUGGGAGGAGGACACAAUGGAGUUGUCAACCGUGAUGGCGAGAUCAUGGAGCGGGCAGUCCUUCCCCGGGAGGAAGAGCAGCUCCGUCUUGCCGAGGUUCAGCUUGAGGUGGUGAUCCGACAUCCACACUGAUAUGUCUGCCAGACAUGCAGAGAUGCGAUUCGCCACCUGGUUAUCGGAAGGGGGGAAAGGAGAAAAUGAAUUGUGUGUCGUCUGCAUAGCAAUGAUAGGAGAGACCAUGUGAGGAUAUGACAGAGCCAAGUGACUUGGUGUAUAGACAGAAUAGGAGAGGGCCUAGAACUGAGCCCUGGGGGACACCAGUGGUGAGAGCACGUGGUGCGGAGACAGAUUCUCGCAAUCUAAGAGUGAGCAGCGCCGGAGAUGCCCAACUCGGAGAGGGUGGAGAGGAGGAUCUGAUGGUUCACAGUAUCAAAGGCAGCGGAUAGGUCUAGAAGGAUAAGAACAGAGGAGAGAGAGUUAGCUUUAGCAGUGCGGACAGCCUCCGUGACACAGGAGCAGUCUCAGUUGAAUGACCAGUCUUGAAACCUGACUGGUUUGGAUCAAGAAGGUCAUUCUGAGAGGGAUAGCAGGAGAGUUGGCAAGAGACAGCACGCUCAAGAGUUUUGGAGAGAAAAUAAAGAAGGGAUACUGGUCUGUAGUUGUUGACAUCGGAGGGAUCGAGUGUUGGUUUUUUGAGGAGGGGUGCAACUCUCGCUCUCUUGAAGACCAUGGCCAGCGGUCAAGGAAGAGUUGAUGAGCGAGGUGAGGUAAGGGAGAAGGUCUCCGGAAAUGGUCUGGAGAAGAGAGGAGGGGAUAGGGUCAAGCGGGCAGGUUGUUGGGCGGGCGGCCGGCCGUCACAAGUUGCAAGAUUUAAUCUGGAGAGAGAGGGGAGAAAGAAGUCAAAGCAUAGGGUAGGGCAGUGUGAGCAGGACCAGCAGUGUCAUUUGACUUAAUAAAUGAGGGUUGGAUGUCGUCAACCUUCUUUUCAAAAUGGUUGACGAAGUUGUCCACAGAGAGGGAUGAGGCAGGGGGAGGAGGAGGGGGAUUCAGCAGGGAGGAGAAGGUGGCUAAGAGCUUCCUAGGGUUAGAGGCAGAGGCUUGACAUUUAGAGUUGUAGAAAGUGGCUUUAGCAGCGGAAACAGGAAGAGAAUGUAGAGAGGAGGGAGUGAAAAAAUGACAGGUCCGCAGGGAGUCUAGUUUUCCUCCAUUUCCGCUCGGCUGCCCGGAGCCCUCUUCUGUGAGCUCGCAAUGAGUCGUCAAGCCACGGAGCAGGAGGGGAGGACCGAAAAGAGGAAUGGAGUGGAAAGAAGGAGGCAGAGAGAAAUUAGUCGAAGGCAGACGUAGGGAGGUUAAAGUCACCCAGAACUGUGAGGGGUGAGCCAUCCUCAGGAAAUAAACGUAUCAAGGCGUCCAGCUCAUUGAUGAACUCUCCAAGGGAACCUGGAGGGCAAUAAAUGACAAGGAUGUUAAGCUUGAAUGGGCUAGUGACUGUGACAGCAUGGAAUUAAAAUGAGAUAGACAGAUGGGUCAGGGGGAAAAGAGAGAAUGUCCAUUUGGGAGAGAUGAGGAUUCCUGUGCCACCGCCGCGCUGACCAGAUGCUCUCGGGGUAUGCGAAAACACAUGGUCAGACGAGGAAAGAGCAGUAAGAGUAGCAGUGUUUUCUGUGGUAGUCCAUGUUUCCGUCAGCGCCAGGAAGUCGAGGGACUGGAGGGUAGCAUUGGCUGUGAUGAACUCUGCCUUGUUGGCCGCAGAACGGCAGUUCCAGAGACUGCCAGAGACCUGGAACUCCACGUGGGUCGUGCACGCAGGGACCACCAGAUUAGAGUGGCAGCAGCCACGCGGUGAAGCGUUUGUAUGGCCUGUGCAGAGAGGAGAGAACAGGGAUAGACAGACACAUAGUUGACAGGCUACAGAAAAAGGCUACAAUAAUGCAAAGGAGAUCGGAAUGAAAUGAACUAAACAUCUGGGAAAGCGAGAGAGCCGGGCCUCCCUCACUUACGUUUCACUGAAACACUCAAAUAUAACUCUCCCAACUUCCACUUUAGAAAUUAUAAUUGUUGUAAACUACAGCGUUUCAAUAUUUUCUAGGAAUAGACUCUAACUUAGUUUAUUCAGCUAGCUAAUUGGUACAGUAUUCUUCUGUGAAAACCGUCCAGGGCACCGAAUCCUAUGACGCCAUAGCCAACUAGCAUGCCAGCCUCCAAUAACACGGUUUAGCACCAAUACUUGGUUACAACAAACCAGUGUGUUAACACGCCAAACAGAUCAUUUGUGUCCGUGUCUAACGUUGUGUAAAGUUUUGGGUUAGUUUUGACAGUUUGAGUGAGUACGUCGUCAACUUAUUCAGCCAUUAGUUAGCUAGAAUAGUUAGCAUACUAGCUAGCCAUUGCUCUCUGCCAACGAACCACCCCUCUUCCGAAGGCACGAAACACACAGAGCGAGCCAAGCUAACGUUAACUAGUCACCCAUGUCCCGAAUUCCCUUGAACGACUCUUGUUACCAGUAUGUAAAAACAAAAAAUAAAUGUAGGUUAUAACUUACCCUUAGUAGCUACUGUUAGCCAGUUAAGUGCAAAGCUAGCCACUUAAUCGAUUCAGCCAGUUCGCUUCUGUGCCAACGGAGAGAAAGCGUCUCCAAAUAUUGCAGCUAGGUCGUUCUAGCUAUUGUUUAGUUAGCUAUCCUGGUAGCAACAAGGUAGCUAUAUUUUCGAGUACAGUAGCUACUAAUUACCUAACGUUAAUGCUUCAGAUAAUGAGGUUAGAAAAACAGCUGAAUGGUAGGUAGCUAGCUGGCAUAAUUACAGGUACUCUUAAGCGUGAAAUAACAUUGGAAACAACUAUCCACAGUUGCUAAUAGUUACCAGUAGCUACCCGCUAGGGUAAUCAGCUUCUUGAUAUGCCACACCUGUCAGGUAGAUGGAUUAUCUUGGCAAAGGAGAAAUGCUCAUUAACAUGGAUGUAAACACAUUUGUGCACAACAUUUAAGAGAAAUAAGCUUUUUGUGCGUAUGGAACAUUUCUGGGAUCUUUUAUUUCAGCUCAUGAAACAGGGGACCAACACUUUACAUAUAUUUUUAUUUAUUUUUUAUAUGCCAUUUAGCAGACGCUUUUAUCCAAAGCGACUUACAGUCAUGCGUGCAUACAUUUUUUUGUUUUGUUUGUGUAUGGGUGGUCCCGGGGAUCGAGGCCACUACCUUGGCGUUACAAGCGCCGUGCUCUACCAGCUGAGCUACAGAGGACCACAUGUUGCAUUUUAUUAGAUAAUUCUUAAAUGGAAGAAGUUUGGAACCACCAAGACUCUUCCUAUAGCUGGACGCUUGGCCAAACUGAGCAAUUGGGGUAGAAGGGCCUUGGUCAGGGAAGUGACCAAGAACUCGAUGGUCACUCUGACAGAGCUCCAGAGUUCUUCUGUGGAGAUGGGAGAACCUUCCAGAAGGACCACCAUCUCUGCAGCACUCCACCAAUCAGGCCUUCAUGGUAGAGUGGCCAGACGGAAGCCACUCCUCAGUAAAAGGCACAUGACAGCCCACUUGGAGUUUACCAAAAGGCACCUAAAGGACUCUCAGACCAUGAGAAGGUCUGUAGCUCAGUUGGUAGAGCAUGGCGCUUGCAACGCCAGGGUUGUGGGUUCGUUUCCCACGGUGGGCCAGUAUGAAAAUGUAUGCACUCACUAACUAUAAGUCGCUCUGGAUAAGAGCGUCUGCUAAAUGACUAAAAUGAAUCUCAAAUGUAAUGAGAAACAAGAUUCUCUGGUCUGAUGAAACCAAGAUUUAACUUUUUGGCCUGAAUGCCAAGAGUCACGUCUGGAGGUAACCUGCCACCAUCCCUACGGUGAAACAUGGUGGUGGCAGCAUCAUGCUGUGGGGAUGUUAUUCAACGGCAGGGACAGGGACACUAGUCAGGAUCGAGGGAAAGAUGAACGGAGCAAAGUACAGAGAACCUUGAUGAAAACCUGCUCAGGACCUCAGACUGGGGCGAAGGUUCACCUUCCAACAGGACAACCACCCUAAGCACACAGCAAAGACAAUGCAGGAGUAGCUUCGGGACAAGUCUCUGAAUGUCCUUGAGUGGCCCAGCCAGAGCCCGUUCUUGAACCUGAUCGAACAUCUCUGGAGAGACCUGAAAAUGGCUGUGCAGCGACACUCCCCAUCCAACCUGACAGAGCUUAAGAGGAUCUGCAGAGAAGAAUGGGAGGAACUCCCCAAAUACAGGUGUGCCAAGCUUGUAGCGUCAUACCCAAGAAGACUCGAGGCUGUAAUCGCUGCCAAAGGUGCUUCAACAAAGUACUGAGUAAAGGGUCUGAAUACUUAUGUAAAUGUGAUACUUCAGUGUUUUUGCUUUGUCAUUAUGGGGUAUUGUGUGUAGAUUGAGGGGGGGAAAACUAUUGAAUCAAUUUUAGAAUAAGGCUGUAACGUAACAAUGUGGAAAAAGUGAAGUGGUCUGAAUACUUUCCGAAUGCACUGCAUUUGACAAAGGUAAGUGUCAUAAACUGCAGAAUAUGCUCAUUCUGAUACUAUAAAGGCAUCAAACCGUUUUACUUGCGUGUGACUCUGAAGGAGGAUUUUAUAAAGUGAUCCUUUUCCUGCAUCUUUCAAUUACAAGAUGCGCCCAUCUCUUCAUGUACAAUUUGACACUGAAAAUACUGUCACUCAUCAGACUAUUGUCAAUUUAGUCUUGUCUAUAGGCUCUCUUAUUAUGUGUGAAAUUAGUUUUGGUAUAGUUUAGGUGUAGUUUCGACGGGCUGACUGGCAUCAUUUUGUUUCCCCUUGCUCAUCAACUUUGAGUCAAUGAUUUGUAUUGCAUUAUUCUAAAGGCCUACUGCAACACGUAGCAUGUUUUCGUUUCCCUUACAAUAAAUGUGAUUAGCGUUAUAGUAAAUAGAACAGUCCCGUAACAGCUUAUUUUUACAAAGUAAAAGAGAAUGUAUCAACCCACAAGGCGUGCGGUCAAAUUAAUAAGAUGACUGCCAACGAUGAUGAAUAGGCAUAAUACAAACUCAUCGUUACACUAUUGAUGUUCUAAAUUAAAUCAACCUCUUCACCCUCCUUAUCGUUCAGUUAGGCCUAAUAAAAAAUUUGAUUGUGAAGUAACGUGCACAAUUAUCGCCCAUUCAUCCAUUUGUCAUCCUUUCAGUGGGCUGCCAUCGUUUGCUUCCCUUCGUUCAUCAACUCGGAUAGAGUCAAGGAGAUGUUUUGCAUUAUUCUAAAAGCCUACUGCAACACCUAUCAUGUUUUCAUUUCCCUUUACAAUACAUGUUAUUAGUAAUAGCGUUCUAGUAGAUAAAACAGUCCCGUAAAAUGUCAAAUAAAAUUAUAUCAACCCACAAGGCACGCAGUCAAUUUAUUUGCUAUAAACAUGAGCGCCAAAGCUGAUAAAUAUGCAAAUCAUUACACUAUUGUCUUUCUAAAUUAAAUCAACCUCGUCAUGCAGUUGGGCCUAAUUUUUAAUACAAUUGUGAAGUAAUGUGCACAAUUAUCAUCCAUUUGUCAUUCAUUCAGUGAGGAAAGCGACUCAUUAGCGCCUGGCUGUGUACCAACGUCCUACAGCGCAUUGUCUUGGCAGGUUAAGUUGGCAAUAGGUAUGAGAAGAAAAAUGGUAAAAACGCUCAAUGCUUUUUCUGUUUGUGAUUUCAAUAUUCUGACAAAUGAGCAAUGUAAAAUACAACCAUUUAGGAAAAGUCUGGGAAGGAGCAGGACAUUGCUUUUUUGGGGGGCUUUUUAUAUUUACAAAAUCAGAUGUCAGUGGCCUUUGGCAGUUCUAGAGACAAUUGUUGUGUGCCAUUCAGAGGGUGAAUGGGCAAGACAAAAUAUUGAAGUGCCUUUGAACGGGGUAUGGUAGUAGGUGCCAGGCGCAUCGGGGGUUUGGUCGUGUGGCUCUGCAGUGUAGUAGAGUUCUGUAGCUCUGCAGACAGGAAACAGCCUGUGGAAACAUACUGCUCUCUGAUGGCACACUGGGCCAAAGGUUGACCUCAUAGACACACCACAUUCUCUCUCUGAAAGAAAUAGUGUGCACAGCCGCAUACAUACUUGCAUUCUCUCUCUCCGACACACUCACUCAUACAGGUUACACUUGAGUGCUGAUGAUGUCACCGCCUAAACUUAGAGCUGCUGCUCAUAAAACAUUUAGCCCACAUCAGAGAACAGAACCAUGCUGCCACUCAGUGUGAGUGUGUGUACAACUGUGUGUGUGUGUGUGUGUGUGUGCGAUCUGCUUCUUCUGAGUGUUCCAGCAGUCUGCAUGUUUCCAUGACAACCAGAAACACUGGGUGUGAUUCAUUCUUCAGCAUUGUUUUCCUAGAGGAAACGUUUCACUGGACACACACACUUUGCUGAUACAGUAUUUAAGGAGGAAUAGUAACUAACUGCAGCACACCUGUCUGUCUGGCAGAAGCUCUGCUGCAGUUAGUUACUAUUCCUCCUUAAAUACUGUAUCAGCAAAAGUGUGUGUGUCCACAUCUCUUUCUGUCUUAAGGUGGAACUGAGAUUUAUUUUAAGGUGGAGCUGCUGAUAUUGCUGUUGUCAGCAGAGGUCCCACAAUUUAGCCACGACUCAGUCACAGAGCAUGGAAAACACUGACUGAAUGAAAUAUGCUCGGCUGAAACUGUAAUGGUGCACUAAGUGAAAAUGUAAGUUACAGAUGUUGUUACAUACCCGGCAUGAUUAUGACGACUGAAAACCUUGGAAUAUAAUGUGCGUGUUGACAGAUGGGGUUUUGUUCUCUCUCUCUCCUCUCGCUCUCCUCUCUCUUUCCCAGAAACCGAGCGAUCGGAGACUACCUCCGCUCAAAUGGCUAUGAAGAAGCCUAUUCCACCUUCAAGAAAGAGUCUGAGUUAGAUAUGGCAAGAGCACGCACACACUAACUUACCCCAAAACUGCCACACUAACCUAUUCUUUGAUUUCCUUGCAAUUAUUUGAAACCUAGAGAUCACUCUCUCUCAUUUUUCAAUUUCUGUCUCCCACUCCCUCUGUUCCCCAGAAUGAGGAGUUAGAUAAGAAGUACGCUGGUCUUUUGGAAAAGAAAUGGACCUCAGUCAUCAGAUUACAGAAAAAGGUGAGUGUUGACGUCAUGUUUGUAGUGUUAUGGUGUUUGGUGUGUGUGUGUGUUUGAUGAUUUUAAAUCCCAGAUUGGAAUUGCACAUGUUUUUAAACCUGCUCUUUUAAGAUCUUAUGCACUUUGCACCAUUGUAACAGUUGUUAUGUUUUAUUUUGUGUUGUCUCAUGUGUUUACUAUAUGUAGGAUGCUUUCUUGGCCAGGGCUCACUUGUAAAAGAGAUGUAAAUCUCAAUGUGACCUCUGGUUAAAUAAAGGAUCAAUAAAAAAAUCUGUGUAUAUCUGGAGUAUGAGUGAAAUAACUCUGUUGGAAAACAAUGAACAACCAACUGAACUAUCACCUCUUCUACUCUUGCGUUGUUCUCAUCUUUUCCACACCUUUAUCUUCUCACUCCCCUACCUCCCCCCGCACCUUUCUCCCAUCCCUCUCUCUCUCUCUCUCCCCCUCCCCCCCUCUCCCCUCUCCCCCAGGUGAUGGAGCUGGAGUCGAAGCUGAACGAGGCCAAGGAGGAGAUGACUCUAGGGGGUCCGGUGGCCCAGAAGAGGGACCCUAAGGAGUGGAUCCCCCGUCCCCCAGAGAGAUACGCCCUAAGCGGCCACCGCUCCCCCGUCACACGGGUCAUCUUCCACCCUGUCUUCUCCGUCAUGGUCACCGCUUCUGAGGACGCCACCAUCAAGGUCUGUAUGUGUGCGGAGUGUGCACGUGUCAAUCAUUUUCUAAGAUCUUGGUUUAAAAGUACUGCAAAUGUGUAUGUGUACCAGGGAGAUAUAGGCAUAUAUAAGAUCCACGUUUAUUUUAUCUAGCACACAUACAGUUGCGGCCAAAUAUAUUGGCACCCUUGCACUUUUCUUAAAUAAUUCCCUAUUUCUUCUCAAAUAAGUUGAAAUUGAAAUAAUAAUUGGUCUCCACACCUUGUUGGAUUUUCAACAUUGCAGAACCAGUGAAAAUGGUCAAACCAAUAAACUUAAGUGUACAAAUUUAGUUUAGAAAAUAAAGACAUGGACAAAACUGUUGGUAAACAUAGGACGACUCGACUGCUGAAGGGCACACAAGAAAGCCUGAUUUGAUUGAACUUCUCAAAAACCCACCUAAACCAGCCUAAAUCCGGGGGAAAUUUUCUGUGACCCAAUUAAACAAAAUUGUAGCUCUUGGUUGUACAGAUCAGCGCUGUUUACCGACGACUAAAUUAAUAAUUCUAUAAAAAGAACACCCUCCCUACAAUCAAACAUGGAGGUUUGAUAAUGCUGUGGGUUUGCUUUUGUCACAUCUCAUACUAGGGGCCUUGAACAUGCACAAGGCAUCAUGAAAUGAGGAGAUUAUCAGGUGUCUUGGAGUCCAAUGUUCAACCCAGUGUCCAUUUUGAAGGUUGUGGGUGUUCCAGCAGGACAACGACCCCAAACACACAUCAAAAUGCACCCAAGAAUGGUUUAAGAAGAAACACUGGAUUGUUCUGGAGUGGCCAGCAAAGAGUCCAGAUCUGAAUCACAUCCAAAACCUAUGGCGCGAUCAGAAAACAGCAGUUGGUGAAGGGCACCCCUCAAACAUUAAAGAAUUAGUGCAUUGUGCUGCUGAAGAGUGGGCCAAAUUGCCAGUAGAAAGGUGCAGCAAGCUCAUUGAAGGGUACAGGAAGUGUUUGCCUGCAGUUAUCUAGGCCAAAGGCUGUGCAACCAGGUACUAGCUCUGGGGUGCCAAUAACUUUGGCCAUGCCAUUGUGUUUAUUUUCUCAAUUAAAAUUGUAAACUUAUGUUUAUAAAAAUUAAAUUGGUUCUGCAAUAUUGAAAAUCCAAUAUUUUAUUCAGUUUCAACUUAUUUAAAGAGAAAUAGAGAAUUAUCUACGAAAAGUGCAAGGGUGCCAAUAUAUUUGGCCGCAGCUGAAUGUCAGUGACUGGCGCAUUAGUUCUCUGCUCCUGCUAUAACUGCUGUUCCUCCCCUUCAUCUUCUCGAUAUCCUCUCGCUCUUCUACUCUGGCUCUAUUGCUCUCAUUUUCUCUAUCUCUGCCCUUCCACUCUCCCGCUCUAUUGCUCUCCUUUUCACUCCCCCCUUCUCUCUUUCCUUGUCUUUUGUGCUUUGUCACUGCUUAUCUACGUCGAGAUGGGGUAAUGCUCUGGGAACCGGCGCAAUGCUGGCAGAGCAUGGAGCACUGCACCCUGGGAUACAUGCGACUCUCAUCCUGCUCUCUCUCUCUUAACUUCUUCCUUUCUCUCAUCUCUCUUUCCUGCUUGCUCGCUCUCUUCUUUCUUUUUAUUUCUCUCUUUUUCACACUCACUCAUAUGCAUUGACCCAGAGAAAGUUUAUUGCCCUGUCAUGUUGGAAAAUUUUUCAAAGUAAUUAACCGAAUAACUGUGUGUUUGUGUUUCGUGUGUGUGCGCAUCUCUCUCUCUAGGUGUGGGACUAUGAGGCAGGGGACUUUGAGCGGACACUGAAGGGCCAUACAGACUCUGUCCAGGACAUCUCCUUUGACCAGACGGGCAAGCUGCUGGCCUCCUGUUCUGCAGACAUGACCAUCAAGUUGUGGGACUUCCAGGGCUUUGAGUGCAUCCGCACCAUGCACGGUGAGGGCACUGGGGUGUCUGUGUCUGGUUGUGUGUUCCUCCAAGUUGCUUAACAGCAAACAAGCACUAUUAACUAAUGUGUACAUACCUACACUGUUGUUACAGUGUACUUACGUAAUUACUGCCAUAUAAAUAUAAUUAUUCUAUAUCUUUGGUUACUACAAUGUAAUUACGGUGAUGUACUAUGUAUUGUAAAGUGGGCUUACUGAUGUCCCUUUCCUGCUUUCUCCCCUAUCUGUCUGUCUGUCUGUCUGUUUCAGGUCAUGACCACAACGUGUCGUCUGUAGCGAUCAUGCCCAACGGAGACCACAUAGUCUCCGCCUCCAGAGACAAGACCAUCAAGAUGUGGGAGGUGGCCACUGGGUGAGACACACACUUAUCUCACUUAUCAGGUGCUGAAAUACUGUAUCUCCUGUUAUAUUAGUCCAGUGAAGGGAGGUUCGAACAUAUACACAGACUGACACAUUCUGGUGUCCAGUAUUCCGGUUUUGCUGGAGAGGUGUGUGUGUGUGUGUGUGUGUCUAGCUACACUAAAUGAUCAAAAGUAUGUGGACACCUGCUCGUCGAACAUCUCAUUCCAAAAUCACGGGCAUUAAUAUGGAGUUGGUCCUCCCUUUGCUGCUCUAACAGCCUCCACUCUUCUGGGAAGGCUUUUCACUAGAUUUUGGAACAUUGCUGCGGGGACUUGCUUCCAUUCAGCCACAAGAGCAUUAGUGAGGUCGGCCACUGAUGUUGGGCGAUUAGGCCUGGCUCGCAGUCGGCGUUCCAAUUCAUCCCAAAGGUGUUCGAUGGGGUUGAGGUCAGGGCUCUGUGCAGGCCAGUCAAGUUCUUCCACACCAAUCUCGACAAACCAAUUCUGUAUGGACCUCGCUUUAUGCAUGGGGGCAUUGUUAUACUGAAACAGGAAAGGGCUUUCGCCGAACUGUUGCCACAAAGUUGAAAGCAGAGAAUCGUCUAGAAUGUCAUUGUAUGCUGUAGCGUUAAGAUUUCCCUUCAAUGGAACUAAGGGACCUAGUCUGAACCAUGAAUAAAAGCCCCAGACCAUUAUUCCUCCUCCACCAAACUUUACAGUUGGCAUUGUGCAUUGGCAUCCGCCAUACCCAGAUUCGUCCGUCGGACUGCCAGAUGGUGAAGCGUGAUUCAUCCCUCCAGAGAACGCGUUUCCACUGCUCCAGAGUCCAAUGGUGGCAAGCUUUUACACCACUCCAGCCGACACUUGGCAUUGCGCAUGGUGAUUUUAGGCUUGUGUGCGGAUGCUCGGCCAUGGAAACCCAUUUCAUGAAGCUCCCGAAAAACCGUUUUUGUGCUGACUUUAUUUUCAGCGGCAGUUUGGAACUCUGUAGUGAGAGUUUCAACCGAGGACAGACGUUUUUUACUCGCUUCAGCACUUGGCGGUCCCUUGAUUUUACACACCUGUCAGCAACGGGUGUGGCUGAAAUAGCCGAAUCCACUAAUUUGAAGGGGUGUCCACAUACUUUUGUAUAUAGUGUAUGUGUGUGUGUAUAUAUAACUGGCGACGUGUUUCUUUUUCUAGGUAUUGUGUGAAGACGUUUACAGGCCACAGGGAAUGGGUGAGGAUGGUCCGGCCCAACCAGGAUGGUUCUCUGAUUGCCAGCUGUUCCAACGACCAGACGGUGCGUGUGUGGGUGGCCAACUCCAAGGAGUGUAAGGCUGAGCUACGGGAGCACGAACACGUGGUGGAGUGUAUCGCCUGGGCCCCCGAUACCGCUCACCCCACUAUCCUGGAGGCUACUGGCUCAGAGGUGAGGAGAACCUCUAAACUAUGUGAAGUAUUUUGAAGUGAUGAAGCAUGUUUUUCGGCAAUACAACUGCUUUUUUCAUGCUGAUAAGCAUCCCCCACCCCCACCCCCUCUCUGUAGAGUAAGAAGAGUGGGAAGCCCGGUCCAUUCCUUAUCUCUGGCUCUAGAGAUAAGACCAUCAAGAUGUGGGACAUCAGCACUGGCAUGUGCCUUAUGACUCUGGUUAGUGUGUGUGUGUGUGUAUGUGCGUGCAUGCACAUUUUACUAUACUUGUGAGUACCAGAAGUCCUCAAGAAUAGUAAACCAACUAAAAUUCUGAGAAGUGAGGACAUUUUGCCAGUUCUCAUUUGUAAAAAGGCUAUUUUAGGGUUAGAAUUAGGGUUAGGGGUUAAAGGUUAGGGAAAAUAGGGUUUUUAAUUGGGAAUCAAUUGUUGGUCCCCAAAAAGUCCUCAGAAGUAUAGUAAGACAUAGCUGUGUGUGUUUGUGUAAUGUUUGUGUGUUACCUUCCCCUCAGGUAGCACUAUUGGUCAUGAUAACUGGGUAUGUGUGGAUGUCCAAAGUGUUUUUUUCUCAGGUUGGUUGUGUGUGUUCUCUCCUCUCUCUAGGUAGGUCAUGAUAACUGGGUGCGUGGUGUGUUGGUGCACCCUGGAGGCAGGUUCAUAGUGAGCUGUGCUGAUGAUAAGACUCUGAGGAUCUGGGACUACAAGAACAAGCGCUGCAUGAAGACCCUGUGUGCCCACGAACACUUUGUUACCUCUCUAGGUAAGAGUGUGUGUGCAUUCCCUUUAAAGAUUGUAGUACUAGUCAAAACCACCUUUUUCAGGGUAUGUAAUCUCCAACACUUCUGCCAGUUCCACAGUUCUACCGCUAACCAAUCCAUCAGGGUUCGUAUGGUCAUAAUAAUUCUGGUUUUCCAGGCUUAGAAACGUUUGGGAAAAUGAUAAAAUCCUAAAAGUUUAGGAAAUGUAAUGGAAAUUAAUUUAGUAAUUUAUGUUAAUGUAAUUUAUUUAGGCCCAGUUUUUAAAUGUUUUAUCAAUCAAAUCAAAUUCAACAUAUCAGCCAGGAUCGGAAUGACACUUUACCGCGUCUGUGUUUGCACGCAUCACCUGCAUGUGUGCGAGACAAGUGGGCCGUUGCUCAUGUGAAUCAAAAUACAAAUUUGAAUCGCGAAUAAUUAUUUUUGGAAAAACGAUUUAGAUGUAGCCUUUCUUUUGGAUUAUGUGGCUUCAAAACUUGUUUUGUAGAUACUUCCAGUUGAUUUGGCCAUCCAGUGUAUGGGACAUUGCAACUCAAUAGAUACUAGUCAGCCUGCAAAGGAAACACUUCUAAGGUAUAUAUGACUAAACUUGAAAACGUAAAUUUCCUGAAGAAAAUGUGUGGGCUCGCUUCACCUGAAUAAAAAUAUUUGUAGCAUACCAUAGCCAUUUGAUGAAUUAGCAAAUUAUUUCAAAAGGCAUAACACGUAUUUGGUUGUAAUGUUGCAGUGCCUUCGGAAAGUAUUCACCCGCUUUACUUUUUCCAGAUUUUGUUGUUAUAGCCUGAAUUCAAAAUUUAUUAAAUUGAGAUUUUGUGUCAUUGAUCUACACACAAUACUCAUAAUGUCAAAGUGAAAUUUUGUUUGUAGAACAUUUUAGAAAUUAAUAAAAAAUGAAAAGCUGAAAUGUCUUGAGUCAAUAAGCAUUCAACCCCUUUGUUAUGGCAACUCUAAAGUUCAGGAGUAAAAUGUGCUUAACAAGUUUUAACAACUCAUUCCGUGUUCAAUAAUAGUGGUUAACAUUAAUUUUUUUAUGACUGCCCCAUCUCUGUACCCCACAUAUACAAUUAUCUGUAAGUCCCUCAAUGGAGUAGUGAAGUUCAAGCACAGAUUCAACCACCAAGGUCAGGGAGCUUUUUCAAUGCCUUGCAAAAAAGUGCACUGAUUGGUAGAUGUGUAAAAAUACAAUAAAGCAGACGCUGAAUAUCCCUUUGAGCAUGGUGAAGUUAUUCAUUAAUUUGACCAUGAGGCCAAUGGUGAUUUUAAAACAGUUACAGAGUUUAAUGGUUGUGAUAUGAGAACUGAGGAUGGAUCAACGACAUUGUAGUUACUCCACAAUACUAACCUAAAUGACAGAGUGAAAAGGAAGCCUGUGUACAGAAUAAAAAUAUUCCAAAACAUAUAUCAUGUAUGCAACAAGGCACGUAACCCUUUGACGCAUACGAUCACAUAGUUUUGAUCAUGUGGUUCCUGCAGCGUACCAUCACAAGUAUGUGAUUGGAACAGUAACAACAGAACGUAUGAUGCAACAAACGCGUCUAAACAGCAUUGUUGUCUGAAAAGCAUCUAAAAAAUGUUUUGUACUGAUGGGAAAUAAAGGUCUUCACAACUUUAUUCCUCAAUUUCACCUUUUAUUGUAAAAUAUCAAUGCUAACUUCAUCAUCCAAACAUAAACCAGUCUAAAUAACAGGUUGCGCUGACAAAAAACAAAACAUAAAUUAGCAACCUAACAUCUAGACUUCUUUACAAUGUACCACAUCUCUGGUGAGUACAAGGGAGAAAUGUAAUAUUGUUUAGAAAAGAGAUACAUGUCAGCUAAGCUAACAGCAGCUAAAUUCUUUAUGAUGGCAGCCAUGUUUGUUUAAGUUUGAUAAGCAAAAACUCCCUAAUCCCAGAAUGCCAUUCACUAUAAGACGCAAAUAAACAAAGUCAAAGAUGGCUGCGCCCAUUGCCUUAAAAAUAUGAACUUAGUUUGGCCACUUUUCAGCAUAUUACAAAUCUUCGAUGUACGUGUUAGUGUGUACAAGAACCGGAGCACAUGACUUGACAAGUCGUUUACCGUUUUUGAUAAAUCACAAAGCAAAUAAAAUGUUAUCACUUCGCAGAUCAUCACACCAAAUACAAGCCUACUGGAAUGGUUUUGAACGGUCAUCCAACUUGGAAUUCCGACUCUGGCCUCUUUCUAGAGCUCCGACCUGAAGAUCACUGACGUCAUGACUUGACCUCUUAUUUUUCUGAAUUCCCAGUUAUCUUAAAAGCACCAUAAAACAGUUGAGUGAACUAUCCCUUGUUGUAACAUCUUUGGUCUGACAGACGCUUAUGUGACAACCAGAAUGCAUUGUAUGACGUCAAUAAACAUGGCGCCACACAUAGCUGGUAAAUAUCUUAGCAUUAGCUCAUCAUAAUCUGUACAACCUUCAAAAAAGUAUUUUACACACGUGUCCAUUACAAUCUAUGCAAGAAUCGGAGUGCAUGAUUUGUCACCAGUACACGAAAAUAUGAAUUAAACAGUUAAUACAUUAUGCUCCAUACAUAUGGUAUGCUACAGUAGAAACGACAACACGAUAUACCGAAAAUAAGGCACUUACUUUGGUAGGAACGCACAUGUCCAAUUUGUAAGGAAAACAACAAUGAAGACAAUGUGGGCACCAGCCAUAAAAUGUGGCGGGGGAAUAAGUUUUUGCAAGGCCUGUUCUGACUAGAGAUGUGCAGUGUCUUCAUACUUGAUCUGAGGAAUUACUGGGGAAGUGCUUUGGCUCUUGUUGAAGAUAGAAGUUUGUCCGGCUCAGUAAAGCCUCAAACAUAAAUUGUCCUCAGUGAAAUGGGCUACUUCUUAUGUGAAUUAAUGAGGAGGUGGAACAGAACUCAAUUCAAACUGUUAGUAAAUAAUAUGACAUUGACAAGUUGAAACUGCCUAUAGAUAAUUAGCAGGCAGCUUGCCUUGGUUUGAGGGCAGCGCGGGUUAUAACUGUCCUGUUGCGUAACAAUCACAUUUUGGAACAGUGAGUGCAUUCCGACAUCGCGCGCAUAAAAAAACUCAUGCUGGGGUGAUCGUUAGAGAUAUUUGGAACUCACGGUUGAAAAGGUUAAGUAAUACUGCAAAAAAUGUGGCAAAGAAAUUAACUUUUUGUCCUGAAUACAAAGCGUUAUGUUUGGGGCAAACACAACGCAUCACUGAGUACCACUUCAUAUUUUCAAGCAUGGUGGUGGCUGCAUCAUGUUGUGGGUAUGCUUGUCAUUGACAAGGACUAGGGAGUUUUUAGGUUAAAAAUAAACUGAAUAAAGGUAAGCACAGGCAAAAUCCUUGAGGAAAACUUGGUUCAGUCUGCUUUCCAACAGACACUGUGAGACUAAUUCACCUUUCAGGAGGACAAUAACCUAAAACACAAGGCCAAAAAUACACUGGAGUUGUUUACCAAGAUGACAUUGAAUGUUCCUGAGUGGCCUAGUUAAUGUUUUGACUUAAAUCGGCUUGAAAAUCUAUGGCAAGACUCAAAGAUGGCUGUCUAGCAAAGAUCAACAAUCAACUUGACAGAGCUUGAACAAUAAAAAAAAAAAAGAAUAAUGGGCAAAUACAAUCCAGGUGUGCAAAGCUCUUAGAGACUUACCCCAAAAGACACAGCUGUAAUCGCCACCAAAGGUGCUUCUACAGAGUAGUUAUUGGGUUGGACAGUAACCACAUUUUCAUAUCGUCAUACCGUCCUUCUCUCAUCCCGGGAUUUACAGUAUUACUGGCUUAGUCCAGAAGGGGGCUGCUAGCUAAAUAUGCUAAUGAGCGCAAUGAAAAUAAACUAAUUGCAAACAGGCAAUUCAGCUCAAAAUUAUGCAUAUAUAGGUAGUAGUUACCGAAUGUCAUUUUUGGUGAGUUUGGACAUUUUACAAGCGAAUGUGAGCGAGAAACAUAGUUCAUUUGCACAAAGUUUUUAAGCAUUCUCUGGAGCAGCAUGUCUACAUGCUGUGUCUGUGUGGAGUCACAAAAGCUCUGCUUGGAGAAGAGGGCAGAGGGGAGGUGCAGACUGAGGCAGAGAGGAGAACUAACGCACUGGAAAUGAAGAUAGCAGUGACAGCUCUACAGAUAACUCAUCCAAAGCGCUUGGACUUCUCAAACAUGGCAGAAAGCUAACACUAUAUGAUGCCAUGUCUCCUUAUUAAUUCAGCCACUUACUUAGCUAACUGGCAAGUUAAACCAAAUACACAGCUAGACUCGCCUGCUCCCGCUUUCUCCCAAUGUGUUAUUUACAAACAAACAUGUGAAUGGCUCAACUGUAAGCUUCAUAAUGUAAAACGUAAAAUGAAAAACACGAUCUGCUUUAUCUCAUAAUGUAUUGCACAAGUUGACUGCAGGUAUUUACUUGAAGUAGCUACAAAUAUUAAAAUGUAAAAAAACGUAUAAGAAAUAGUUUUGACGGUAUUAGAAAAACCAUCCCGUGGCUAUUUCCAAAUACCCCGGUAUACGGUAUACUGCCGAAGCCUAGUGUGAAUACUUAUGUAAAUGAGAGUGCAUUUGGAAAGUAUUCAGACCCCUUCCCUUUUUUCACAUUUUGUUACGUUACAGCCUUAAUCUAAAACAGAUUAAAUUAAUUUUAUUCCUCAUCAAUCUACUCACAAUACCCCAUAAUGACAAAGCAAAAACAGGUUUUUAGAUGUUUUGCAAAUUUAAAAAAUAUUUUAUAAAAAAAGAUACCUUAUUUACAUAAGUAUUCAGAACCUUUGCUACGAGACCCGAAGUUGAGCUCAGGUGCAUCCUAUUGCCAUUAAUCAUCCUUCAGAUGUUUCUACAACUUGAUUGGAGUCCAACUGUGGUAAAUUGAAUUGAUUGGACAUGAUUUGGAAAGGCACACAUCUGUCUAUAUAAAAUCCCACAGUUGACAGUGCAUGUCAGAGCAAAACCAAGCCAUGAGGUCGAAGGAAUUGUCCGUAGAGCUCCGAGACAGGAUUGUGUCGAGGUACAGAUCUGGAGAAGGGUAGGAAAACAAAUCUGCAGCAUUGAAGGUCACCAAGAACAUGGUGGCCUCCAUCAUUCUUAAAUGGAAGAAGUUUGGAACCACCAAGACUCUUCCUAGAGUUGGCCGCCCGGCAAAACUGAGCAAUCGGGGGAGAAGGGCCUUGGUCAGGGAGGUGACCAAGAACCCGAUGGUCACUCUGACAGAGCUCCAGAGAUCAUCUGUGGAGAUGGGAGAACCUUCCAGAAGGACAACCAUCUCUGCAGCACUCCACCAAUCAGGCCUUUAUGGUAGAGUAGCCAGACGCAAGCCACUCCUCAGUAAAAGACACAUGUAAGCCCGCUUGGAGUUUGCAUAAAAAGGCACCUAAAGGACUCUCAGACCGUGAGAAACAAGAUUCUCUAGUCUGAUGAAACCAAGAUUGAACUCUUUGGCCUGAAUGCCAAGCAUCACGUCUGGAGGAAACCUUGCACCAAGGUGAAGCAUGGUGGUGGCAGCAUCAUGCUGUGGGGAUGUUUUUCAGUGGCAGGGACUGGGAGACUAGUCAGGAUCGAGGGAAAGAUGAACAGAGCAAUGUACAGAGAGAUCCAUGAUGAAAACCUGCUACAGAGUGCCCAGAACCUCAGACUGGGGGCAAAGGUUCAGCUUCCAACAGCACAACGACCCUAAGCACACAGCCAAGACAACGCAGAAGUGGCUUUGGGACAAGUCUCUGAAUGUCCUUGAGUGGACCAGACAGAGCCCGGACUUGAACCCGAUCUAACAUCUCUGGAGAGACCUGAAAAUAGCUGUGCAGCGACACUCUCCAUCCAACCUGAUAAAGCUUGAGAGGAUCUGCAGAGAAGAAAGGGAGAAACUCCCCAAAUACAGGUGUGCCAAGCUUGUAGUGUCAUACCUAGGAAGACUCAACGCUGUAAUCGCUGCCAAAGGUGCUUUAACAGAGUACUGAGUAAAGGGUCUGAAUAUUUAUUUUAUAAAAAAAUAUAUGCAUUUGCAAAAAAUUCUAAAAACCUGUUUUUGCUUUGUCAUUAUGGGAGUAUUUUGUGUAGAUUGAGGGGGUGGAAAAAGUGAAGUCGUCUGAAUACUUUGAAUACUGAAUGCACUGUAUUUCAUUUUCAAUGAAUGUGCAAAAAUGUCUAAACAUGUUUUCACUUUGUCAUUAUGUGUAGAUGGGUGUGUAGAUGUGUGAAAUAAUAUACUAAUAUAAUAGUGAAUACAUCAAAACUAUGAAAUAACACACAUGGAAUCAUGUAGUAACAAAAAAGUGUUGAUUAUUCAAAUAGCCACCCUUUGCCUUGCACACUUGUAGCAUUCUCUCAACCAGCUACACCUGGAAUGCUUUUCCAUUAGUCUUGAAGGAGUUCCCACAUAUGCUGAGCACUUGUUGGCUGCUUUUCCUUCACUCUGCGGUCCGACUCAUUACAUUUACAUUUUAGUCAUUUAGCAGACGCUCUACAGUUAGUGAGCGCAUACAUUGUUUAUUUUUUUAUUUUUUUCAUACUGGCCCCCCGUGGGAAUCGAACCCACCACCCUGGCGUUGCAAAUGCCAUGCUCUACCAACUGAGCUACAUCCCUGCCGGCCAUUCCCUCCCCUACCCUGGACGACUUGUGCGCCGCCCCAUGGGUCUCCCGGUCGCGGCCGGCUACGACAGAGCCUGGAUUCGAACCAGGAUCUCUAGUGGCACAGCUAGCACUGCGAUGCAGUGCCUUAGACCAGUGCCUUAGACCACUGCGCCACUCGGGAGACUCAUCCCAAACCAUCUCAAUUUGGUUGAGGUCGGGUUAUUGUGGAGGCCAGGUCAUCUGCUGCAGCACUCCAUCACUCUCCUUCUUGGUCAAAUAGCCCUUACACAGCCUGGAGGUGUGUUGGGUCAUUGUCCUGUUGAAAAACAAAUUAUAGUCCAAAUUAUAGUCCCACUACGCCCAAACCAGAUGGGAUGGUGUAUCGCUGCAGAAUGCUGUGGUUGCCAUGCUGGUUAAGUGUGCCUUGAAUUCUAAAUAAAUCACAGACAGUGGCACCAGCAAAGCACCACCACACCAUAACACCACCUCCAUGCUUUACGGUUGGAAAUACACAUGCAGAAAUCAUCCGUUCACCCACACCGCGUCUCACAAAGACACGGCGGUUGGAACCAAAAAUCUCCAAUUUGGACUCCAGACCAAAGGACAAAUUUCCACUGGUCUAAUGUCCAUUGCUCGUGUUUCUUGGUCCAAGCAAGUCUCGUCUUAUUAUUGUUGUCCUUUAGUAGUGGUUUCUUUGCAGCAAUUUGACCAUGAAGGCCUGAUUCACACAGUCUGCUCUGAACAGUUGAUGUUGAGAUGUGUCGGUUAUUUGAACGCUGAAGCAUUUAUUUGGGCUGCAAUUUCUGAGGUUGGUAACUCUAAUGAACUUGAAAUGAAAUGAAAUGAAAUGAAAUCCUCUGCAGCAGAUGUAAUUCUGGGUCUUCCAUUCCUGUGGCGGUCCUCAUGAGCCAGUUUUAUCAUAGCACCUGAUGGUUUUUGCGACUGCACUUGAAGUAACUUUCAAAGUUCUUGACAUUUUCCGGAUUGACUGACCUUCAUGUCUUAAAGUAAUGAUGUAUUGUCAUUUCUCUUUGCUAAUUUGAGCUGUUCUUGACAUAACACAACUGAUUGGCUCAAACGCAUUAAGAAGGAAAUAAAUUCCACAAAUUAACUUUUAAGAAGGCACACCUGUUAAUUGAAAUGCAUUCCAGGUGACUACCUCAUGAAGUUUGUUGAGAGAAUGCCAAGAGUGUGCAAAACUGUCAUCAAGGCAAAGGGUGGCUAUUUGAAGAAUCUCAAAUAUUAAAAAUAUUUUGAUUUAUUUAACACUUUUUUGGUUACUACAUGACAUAGUUUUGAUGUCUUCACUAUUAUUCUACAAUGUAGAAAAUAGUGAAAAUAAAGAAAAAACCUUGAAUGAGAAGGUGUUCUAAAACUUUUGACCGGUAGUGUAUAUACUGAACAAAACAAUAUGCAACAAUUUCAAAUAUUUUACUGAGUUAGAGUUCAUAUAAGGAAAACAGUCAAUUGAAAUACAUUCAUUAGGCCCUAAUCAAUGGAUUUCACAUGACUGGGCCAGGCCUGCGAGUGCAUAGGCCCACCCACUUGGGAUCCAGGCCUAGCCAAUCAGAAUGCGUUUUUUCCCCACAAAAGGGCUUUAUUACAGACCUAAAUGCUUUUUCGGAAAUAAUAUUUAAUCAGCUGUCUGGGUGGCUGGUCCCCGAUGACCCCGCAGGUGAAGAAGCCGGAUGUGAAAGUCCCGGGCUGGCGUGGUUACACGUGGUCUACAGUUGUGAUGCCGGUUGGACGUACUACCAAAUUCUCUAAAACAACGUUGGAGGCGGUUUAUGGUAGCGAAAUGAACAUUCAAUUCUCUGGCAACAGCUCUGGUGGACAUUCCUGCAGUCAGCAUGCCAAUUGCACGCUCCCUCAAAAUUGAGACAUCUGUGGUGUUGUGUUGUGUGACAACUGCACAUUUAAGAGUGGCUUUUUAUUGUCCCCAGAAUAAGGUGCACCUGUGUAAUGAUUGUUGUUUAAUCAGCUUAUUGAUAUGCCACACCUGUCAGGUGGAUGGAUUAUCUUAACAAUGGUGAAAUGUUCACUAACAUUGUAAACAAAUUUGUGCACAAAAUGUUAGAGAAUUUUUUUUUCUGCAUAUGGAAUAUUUCUGGGAUCUUUUAUUUCUGCUCAUGAAACACUUUACAUGUACAGUGGGGGGGGGGGGGAGUAUUUAGUCAGCCACCAAUUGUGCAAGUUCUCCCACUUAAAAAGAUGAGAGGCCUGUAAUUUUCAUCAUAGGUACACGUCAACUAUGACAGACAAAUUGAGAAAAUAAAAUCCAGAAAAUCACAUUGUAGGAUUUUUUAUGAAUUUAUUUGCAAAUUAUGGUGGAAAAUAAAUAAUUGGUGGCUGACUAAAUACUUUUUUCCCCCACUGUAUGUAUUUUUGUUCAGUAUAUUUUAUAAAUGUUUAAUUCAUGCUGUAACACAAAAAAUGUUGUGGAAUAAGUCUAGGGUUAUGAAUACUUCCUGAAGGCACUGUAUACAUCAAGGGUGGUCAAUUAUCUUCCUGGAGAGCUAAUAGGUGUGCAGGCUUUUAUUCCAGUCUGUAUUUGUAUCUCUCUCUCUAGAUAUGCACCGGACUGCUCCCUACGUGGUGACAGGCAGCGUUGAUCAGACAGUCAAAGUGUGGGAGUGUCGCUGAGUCUGCCUGCUACCUCCCUCUCCUCAUCUUCCUCUCUACCCUCCAACCACAGCCCUGUAACCCCCACCCCAACCUCCUGCUCUACUCUCCCAAAAGCAGCCCUAGUGCUCCCCCAAAUAGCAGCCUCUCCUACCCUAAUCUUCUCUAUCCCCCCAAAAGCAGCCCUAUACCCCCUCCUACCCACUAUCCUACCCUUUCUCUCUGACCCUCACCUAAGCCCAACCUCUUGCACUCUAUACCAUUGUUACCCAGGCUCUCCCCCUCUGCCCUUCAUCCCCCGGCCCUGUUUAAAAUAAAUAUUGUCCUUUUAUGUAAAUUAUUCUGGAUGUAGGGUACGCUUAAUAAAUGUUACACACUCACACAUUCUCUCUCACACACACACUAAAAGAAAAAAGAAGUAUUCCUUGAAUGGUGAAUUCCCCCAAAAAUGUGUGUACUGUAAAUGUGUCUAAAUUUGCAUACCAUUGUCAUGACGUGGGGGGCGAAGGGUAUAUGGUUCCUGUGUCCUUCCCCAGUGGAUGCUGGGUAAUUGUGACAGUGCACGUAAACCAAUCACGUCUGUUCUUUAAGGGUUUGGUUUUAUUUCGUUUUUUGCCACCACUGUUAUUCUGAUGCUACCUGAGAGAGAUCGGGAAGAAGAAGAGUGUGAAAGAACAAAGAGAGAAUUGUGACAGAGGAUAAUAUGGGGAGGAGGAGUAGAAUAAGAGAU